UGUCAGUAAGCCAGCUCGAGGCGGUCGCGGCAUCCAGCCAAUCCUUGCAACCUUUUGCGUCCAGGGUCUGCCUGCGUGUGGUGGUUGGGGCUUUCUCACUGUCCAGAGGGCAGGGGAGACUUCUCUGACCACAUGGGUCUUACUGAAGUUCCCAGCAACUCCUACAUUGACAUCCAAUGCGCCAGUGCCUUCUCACGGGUGUCUUUUGCUCCCUUCCUCAAACAUAGUCGAAGAUCAUACCGGGCUGCAUUCCCGCCCUGAUAACCAGACAGCAGUUCUCUCACAAUGGCUUCCGGCCUAAUCACGACGGCGCUAACCCGCCUGCUCGGUGUGAAGCACCCCGUCAUGCUCGCCGGUAUGGACCAGGUCGCGGGCCCCGAGCUCGCGGCAGCCGUCACCAAUGCGGGCGGCUUCGGCACAGUCGGCGGUGCUCGCUACACCCCUCAGCAGCUGCGUGACAUGCUGGCGGAGCUCAAGAGUCUCCUCCACAACAAGGACGCCCCGUUUGGUGUAGACCUGCUGCUACCGCAGGUCGGCGGCAGUGCCCGCAAGACCAAUUACGACUACACCCACGGGAAUCUCGAAGAGAUGCUCGACAUCGUCAUCAACUCGGGUGCUAAGCUCUUCGUCUCCGCCGUUGGUGUCCCGCCCAAGUGGGCCGUCGACAAACUCCACAAGGCCGGUGUCUUGUACAUGAACAUGAUCGGCCAUCCGAAGCAUGUACACAAGGCGUGCCAGGCUGGCGCCGACAUCAUUUGUGCCCAGGGAGGCGAGGCGGGUGGCCACACUGGCGAUAUUCCCACGAGUAUCUUGGCGCCUGCAUGCGCAGACAUUUGUCGUCAGUACAAUUCGCCAUUGACUGGGGAGCCGGUGCUCCUCGUCGUGGGCGGUGGUGUCAACGACGGCCGCAGCCUUGCCUCGGCUCUCAUGCUCGGGGCCAGCGGCGUCUGGGUCGGCACUCGCUUCAUCCCUACUGUCGAGUCCAAAUACCCAGAAGUGGCCAAGCAGCAAAUAAUUGAUGCAGGGUACGACUCGUGGAUCAAGAGCACGAUCUGGUCCGGAAGGCCUCUGAGAUCACUCCGCACGCCGUACGUCGAGGACUGGGAGAACAACCGCCAGGACGAGAUCAAGAAGCUGCUUAGCCAGGGCAUCCUGCCGCUCUCGCAUGAUCUCGAUCGGUUGCAUGCGCAGGGAAAGCUGACAGAGGAAAUUGAGGAUCAGUCUGCACUCAGACCUCUUGGCAUCGUCGCCGGCUCCGUCAACAAGCCGAACCAGACGGCGGCGGAUGUGGUCAAUGAGAUAGUCGAGCAGGCAGCGAGCGUGCUUGGCAGCGCGAACAGUUAUCUUGUGUCCAAGACCAAGCUAUGAAGCGGCGGUUGAUGAUAUCAGGUAACUUAGUCUCAUUUCCGUGCACUGUAAGGCUCAAGCAUCGAGAUGGGCGCCUUGUCACGGGUUGCCGGGUGAAAGGCUGCAAGUAACAAUAAGCAUGAUCCUGUCUGCCGUCUACUGGAAGCAUAACCAAGCAUUUUCAAUAGCCCGAUUUAGACUCGCAGCUUUUCUCUUCCUGAUAUCAUACAGUAGCUCAAUUACUGGUUCAUAUUGCCCUUGAGAUAUGUCGACUUGUUGGAUUGGCAUGCCGUGAACCAGACACAGCAAUGUCUUAUUACUUUUUGCAGUAAUACGGCUGGACAAGGGCGGCAC